AUGAUUUCUGAGUUACAAUCAAAAUCAGAAAAUGCAGAUGUUAAAUGCCGCAUUAAUUCUUGUAAUAAUCACUCAAGUCAAAGAAUUUAUAGUGACUCAAAUGCUAUUGCUUUUAAUGCAGAUUUAAGCGAUGAAGAUAGUCUGAAGCUAUAAAAACUACAAACUCUAGAGUAAUAUUUUUCUCAUAAUGAUUUUAUAACCUAGUUUACUUAGUAAUAAUAGCCUUCAUUUUAGCAAUGAUUAUAAUUUUAAGUUUUAUUAUUUAUCCGAAGACUUGGAAAAGGCCUGCAGUUAUGUAUUAAUUGCUUUAGUACAAGCAUAUACUUUAUAUUUCACGUGAUUAGACCCUUAAGUGAUGAAUUAUUUUGCUAAAUCAAUUUAAUGGUAAGCAUAUUUGCUGGAACUAGUGUAGUCACUUAAUAUCUUACAUUCUGUUCUUAUUCAAAAAAAGAAUAAUUUUAGGGAAUAGCAAGAAAAAAAUUACCUUUCAUACUUAAUGCUAUUUCAUGGUUUACAAUGAUUUCUGAAACUUUGAUAACAAAAUUUUUUCAUUAACAUGGAUUAUCAUUAUUGGCAAUUAUAAAUUAAAGUAUAAUCCUGGAUUUGAUUUGA